AUGAUCUUAUUAUUAAAACCAGGAAUAGGACUAAUGCAACUAAAAUUGCCAAUAAUCUUAAAAUGUUCAAAACAUGGUCAGGGCACUUAGAACAUUAAUAAUUGCUAUCUCGAGAAUAAUCUUUUUCACAAUCUGCACAUAAAAUACCCCUAUAUCCAACUGAGCAAUCGCCCAUCGGAUUAUUUUUUGGAGCCACCAUACCAAGGCAUGCAAGUUGAUAAAGACAUUUUUCAAAUCUUUAUGAAGUGUUGCUUCCUCUCCAAUAACCUGGCAAUGGUCCGAUAUUAGCACCUCCGUUACAAACCGCUUUUUCAGUUGGGCAAGUUUCACAACUUCCAGGCUCUUUCAUGCUGA